UUGUUGUGUGCGCGCAUGCGCAGUGUAUAGUUGUUGAUGUGUUAAUGGCAGUUGUCUGACAAGGUUCAUCCAGAAUGGGUAUCAACCGUGAUAGUAACAGGGAUUAUUACGACCCUGAGAUUAUCGAAGAUGACUUGGUCGUACUUGACACGGUCAUUGAAUGCCCAGAUGAAGGUGUCAGCAACAUAAAGAAACCAUCCAGGUUGACCAAGUACCACAGUUCUAAAAAACUUGGUUCUUUAUAUACCUCCAUUGAUGACCUGUAUGUCCAUAAGAAGCUUGGUGCUAAUAAAAGUCGCCGAUGUGAAAACUUAUGCUAUCUCCUGAAUCUGGUUGACAAAGAUGACUGGGGAAACUUGGAGAAAAUUGACCGCGUUGAGCCCAGGAUGUCAGUCUUUGCUGAGAUUUUAAUGGACAAAGAGAAAUGGAAGGUUUGGAAUGAUUUCAUUAACCAAUCAGAAGAAGAGCAGCAAAAAAUCUUGCAAAAAUCUAACAGUCGUAAUUCACGCUACCAAAGGAGUAAGUCCGACCAGAUUUUAAAAGACAAAGAUUUGAAUCAAGAGAAUUGGGAAAUUGUUCCUGAUAUGAGAACUGCCCAUCCAGCACAUACUGCCGAACAGUGUUUUCAAAAACUUGAUCGGAACAUCAGAGCAACCUUGAAGCGACGUCAUUUCCCUCAAGGCUUGCUAUUGACCAUUGAGGAAGAUUUGAUCUCCUUCUUCAAAGAGUGGCCAACUGCUGUUUACAUAUCCCAGCUUGCCAAUAGCUUUGAAAGACUUCUCCUUCAUGCUCUCUGCCAAUAUCUGGGCUUGAAAUCAAAAAGUUUCGAAGAAGAAGGCAUCAGGAGAAUUGAAGUGGAAAAUUCCAAGGACUACUUCAGGCCUCCAAAUGUUCUACUGAGCCAGUAUAUUCAGAAAAACCAGUGAUUCUACAAGCAUCAUCUUUUAUUUUGAAGAUAGAUAGAUAAACAGAAACUCAGCUAGUUGCCUUUUUCCAAUCUAUGUUUUACCAUCUUUCUACUAACUUCUCUCUAAUAUGAGUCUUUAUUUUUAUUUGUCUCAUUGCUUAUUUUGUGAAAUAAGGAAUAUUUUAUUACUAAUUAUUUUUAAUUUGUAUCAAUAAUUAUCUCCAAAUAUUAACUAAAAAAAAUUUUGAUUGACAGCUUUCAAAUUUUCAAACAUUUAUAAAAAGUGUUGUGAAAUUUUUAUAGUAAAACCUGGCUGGAUGUCAAUUUUUUUUUUAAAUGGAAAGUUUUAUUUCUAUUCUCUAUUUCCUAAACCAAUUCUCUUUCACUUUUAUAUUCUAAUAAAAAAUAUUUUAACAUAACUUAUAAUAAAAUCAACUGAAUUUGUUGCUGUUGUUUAAUGAUAUUCUAAAAAGCUUUAAGAAUAAUUCAUUUAUUUUUGAGUGUUAGUUUAUGGCAUGUUAACUUCUUUCAAAGUUAGCUUCAGUUCAUGAGAAGGGUUCUUGAAGAAAACUGCUCAGUAAAUUUUUUUGAUCUCUGGCUUAUGUAAAUAUCUGUUUGUUUGGGUUUUUGAAAAAAAAUAUUAUUGUAUUUUGAGAAUUUUCUUGCUGUCAGGCAUGUAUUUCUUUUUAUCUUUCUAUUUACCACAUAUAUCACAGUAACAGUGUGUAUCUCUAAAAUGUUAUCUACAAGAGGUACAUCAACCCACAAACACAUAUAGUUGUCUACAUCUACAACUAUAAGUACUUGCUUUUUGGCUGUUGGUUUCUACUGACUUCCAAAUGAAUUACUUGUUUUUACAUCCUUUUUAAACCAUACAUAGCAUAAUUCUUAUUUAUGAUAUUGAUAAAAAAAUAUAUAAUAAUUUGAUAAUCUAUAAAUAAAAAAUAUCAGUUCACUUUUUAAAAAUAAAAGUCUACUCUUAUUUAUCUAAAAAUAAUAAACUAACAUUUACAAUUUUUUGCUUAUAUUCCAUCCAAGUAUUUUAAAACUUGUAUAUGGAACUAUAUAUGUAUAAAUAUAUAUAUAUAUAUAUGUGUCUUGUUGGACUCAGUUUGGUCUGAUCAUCACCUCAUAAGUCAAUAAAAUACCAGUAAUAUACAGGGAGUCUAUUCAAUCAAUCAAUUAUUACUCUCCUUUUAAAAAAUAAAUUGCAUAUGUGGCGAGUCAAAAGACAUCAGCAUUUGAAAAUGGAUAAGAAUUAUCAUGUUUAAAUAUUUUUCUUUGUUAGCUUUUCAUGUGUUGCUUACAUGUUACUUCUUGUUAUUUUGUAUAAAAUCAAAUUUCUUCUCGAUGUUAUUAACAUACUGAUUGUUGUCAAACACUGUUUUGUCAGAUACUUUGUAAAGUACUUGAAGCAAGCUGAUGUAUGUGUUUUUCAAUAAUUGUCUAAUAAUUAAGGCUUCAUUUUUAAUUAGUAGCCCAAAGUAUAUGAAUGUUGAACACAUGUAGAACACAUUUUUUUUUAAAUCACCUUUUAAAAUUUUUUUAAAUUUCAUUUACUUCUCCAGCCACAAUCAAAUUCUAGCCUGCAGCUCGAAAUCACUGGCAAAGACUUACUAAUGUAAAGUUUUUAAAAGUCUAUGCUGUUUAUAUAUAUAUAUAUAUAUAUAUAUAUGUAGGAAGACACUGCACAAAAGAUACGAAAGUCUAUGGUGUUGCAUAGUUAUCACACUAUACACUUUGAACCAGCGAUUCCUUUGUUCUGUCUCUGAUUACAAAUCAAUUAUUAGUUUGGUUUUUAUUAGCUCCAAUUGCAGAUAUAUGACAAAUACCUCAAUAAUAACAGUAUCUGUUUGUAAUGACUGUGGUUGCUCUGACUGGAGAAAUAGUUUUCUGUCUUCUAUUACCUGAAGCAGUUCUAGCUUUGUAUGCUAAUGUUUUAGACAUUAAGUUCCCCUCUGGGCCUUUUGAGAGCAGGAAAGGUUAACAGUGUCUCCCAAGUUUCAUCAUGAACUGGCUUCCCCAGACAGUCUGAGGAAGUCACUUCAUGGCAAAGCUUUGAAGUUACUGUCAAAUGUUCCCUUGUAAAAAAUUAUUUUUAUGUCUUUCUUUAAAUGCAUUGAGUAAUCCUUCAGUUAAUGCUUAACUGAUUAUGAAUAAAGAAAAAACACUAAGGACGGACACACACACACACACAAACAUUUUAACUAAGCAGAAUAUGGUAAUUCAGUUGUAAUAAAUACUUAUCCUUUUAAAUAUUGCAAGAAAAAAUACCUCUCUGGAAUUUAGUCUCUUUUCCAUGUGUUGUCAGAACUUUCAUUAAAAGGCUCUGCCUAAGACAGCAAAGUUAUCUUCUCUUCUCACCUUACAAAUUAUUCAACUUCCUGAAUUUUAUUGAACUGAUCUUUUUCCAUGCAGAGAAAAAGACUUUUACUUUCUUCUGGCUCUAGAGCUUGGCAUUGUUUAUUUACAUUGUAAGAGGCUAGAACCUUUUGAGUUUUGGUAAAAGCUGUCGAAAAUAUCCAUUCUGCUGGAGUUAAUAAAGCUAAUUUAAAUCUGUUCAUCACCACAGUGAUCAGAAAUAUGAGAAAUAAUUAGGAUAUUACUGGCUUCUUAUUUCUAUUAAAAUGUCAAUCAUAGAAUCCCCAAAUCAUUUCUAUCUUAUUAUAAAAUGAUCAUCUUUUUGCUUUCAUAGUUUUAAACUUAUGCUAAUAGGUAUAAUUAAUUUUUAACUAUAAUUAGUUUUAAGAUUAUGCUAAUAAUUGUUUUGCCUUGCACUUACAAAGCUUAAGUUCAUUUUCUUUUAUAAAUAAGGGUUAAUAAAAGGAAGGGCAUCUGGCUGUAAAACAAUACCUCAGAAAUAUAUUCAUCUAACCCAUGCUAGCCUGAAAAUAUGGACAUAAAAAUCAACAAACAUUGGGAAGGAGGGACAGUAUCCACAACCUUUGCAUGUGCUACCAUAUUGGUGAGAUUCAUGCAGUAUAUGCUUUAUUCAAGCAUGUGCAAAACAAAGGUGAUCUGGGAGGGAACUGGGAUUGGUGUUCAGAACGAAGUAGAUUCUGCUUUAAAGGCACUCAAAGACUAGGUAAUUGUAUUUCAGUCUACCACUCAAGAGAGUGAAAAUAGCAUAAAUCAUAUUCUUGGAAUCUAUAAUUAAUUCUGGUGUUUUGAGAAACGCGAACAAAAAGUUAUACCUCUCUGGAAUAAAAUAACAACCAGUUGCCUAAUGUAUGUCUUUACAGGAGAGGGUUUUAUUCUUAGUCAAAAGUUUACAUGUAUUUAUAGAAAUAUUAUAUCUUCAAAUAUUUGUAAACUAUGGGGUUUAGUCAUAAACAACGCAUUGAACUGCUCAACAGGAAUUAUGAAUUUGCAUCUCUUGUUGACCAGGUGACAAUGGUAUUUAUUAAAAUAAAAGGGCAUUGUCAUUCCUUCCUAACCUACCUUUUUUAAUGAAACAUUGCUAAAUUGCUUACUGAGAGUUGAUAUCACAACUGGAAUGUGUCAGUAUUCAUUUAGAAAUUAUUCAGAAGGAUUUUGGACAUAGACAUGAUACCUUUACAAAACAAGAUAGCAUAUUUUGAUUUCAUGCAUAGCCAAACUGUUGAUUCCGAUUCUCCAAAACAUUAUAUAUAUAAUGAGAAGCAUAAAAGCAUAAAUUUCACACAGUUCAUAAGUUGCCUGUCCCAGCUUUUUCAAUGGCAUAAAAUACAUAAUUCAUUUGAAAGUAAUGUGUUAUCCACAUCUUCAGGAGAGAAAAAAAUGAUAUAUAUUUAUCAUCUGAUUAUAUUUCAUUUUGUACAAUCAAUAACCUAAAUCAUUAAAGUAUUUUACCAAACACACCUUCCAUGCCAAUAAAAAAAGUUCAUAUUACUGAAUCAUUUGAAAUAGCUCUUUGUCCCUAUAUUUUCUAUUUCCCAUUACUUUCUCUAACAAAUUAGUUAAUAGAUAUCGGCAUUAAUAUUAAUUUUUCAUAAAUAUCCUGGUUGUGAAUUGGGAGAGUUAACUUUAUCUGUGGUAACUUUUGAUAAUUUCACAGUGUUUCUAGAACCCAUACCCAUUCUGAAUUCAAUAAAUUCUUACCAGAAUUGAUUCCCUCAGCUUUUUGGUUGGGGUGUGAGGUGGGAAACGGCUAUGAGCUUAGAUUCUAUUAACUCUACUCUCUUUUAAAAAGCAAAACACCUUGUACCAUGGCAAAAGAUAUCAUCAUCUAUUUCAUAUUUAUUUAUUUAUUUCUACAGUACAUUUCCCUAAAUGUUCUGAUCCAUUAUUUUCAGGAAUCAAUGGUUCUAUAAAAUAUAGAAUGGAAAUAAUAAAAAAACAAAAACAAAAACAAAACAAACAAACAAUGAAUUAAAUGUUUCUUCCUAUAUGGCUAAUGUUAAGUUAAAGAACCAUAAUGUUUUACUGUUCUUUAAUUUAAACAAAUUGCCUUGGCUAGAAUUAUUUCAAGAUUACUUCAGAAUGAUUAUGGAUUAAUCUUGAAAUGACUACUGGAAUUCUUUGAGUCUGCAGGGAAAAAAAAAAAAAUUAAACCAACUAUAUUGUUGUAUUUUGUUGUCUGUUGUGUGUCUAUUAAUUAAAAAAUUUUUUUUUUUUUUUUAUACAUGUGUCAUCUUUUUCAUUAAUAAAGAGGAGAAAAUACUUUCCCAAGAAUUUCUACCUCUCUUCUUCCUCCUCAUCAUCAGACAUGUCUAUCUACCUCUUUAGUGUCUCAGAAAUUCCAACCCUUAGUCCCCGGUAGGAUUAAAUAGAUGAUUAUAUAGUGUAAUAAUCUGGUCUGGACAAAUGAUUUUAUUGCCUCACACCCACAGACACACAAAAUACUUCUUUGGAAGUUUUACAUACCUAUUUAGUUUUACUAUGACCAGAUUACUUAGUUUGUAUUUUCAUUGUGAUAUAUAUAUAUAUUCAUAUAUAUAUAUAGAGAUUUAUAUAUGUAUAUAUAUAUAUUUUUUAUAUAUAUUCAUAUAUAUAUAUUAUAUAUAUAUAUAUAUUCAUUUAUAUAUAUAUCUAUAUAUACAUUUUUUAUAUAUAUAUAUUCAUAUAUAUAUAUAGUUAUAUAUUUAUAUAUAUAUAUAUAUCUAUGAAUGUAUGAAAUAUAAUGGUUAGCUGUAAUCAUUCCUGUGUCUUAAAUAAAAUGUCAUUAAAUUUUUGUGUUA